AGGCCGCAUGGAGCUCCCGGAGGAGCCCGCUCCCGGGCCGCGGGGCGCGGACGCCGGCUCCGAGCGCCGCGGGCUGCGCCGCCUGCUGCUGUCCGGCUUCCGGGCCGAGCUGCGGGCGCUGUUGGUCCUGGCGGGUCCCGCGUUCUUGGCCCAGCUGAUGACGUUCCUGAUCAGCUUCAUCAGCUCGGUGUUCUGUGGCCACCUGGGCAAGCUGGAGCUGGAUGCAGUCACGCUGGCAAUUGCAGUUAUCAAUGUCACCGGCAUUUCAGUGGGACACGGCCUGUCCUCUGCUUGUGACACCCUCAUCUCCCAGACAUACGGGAGCCAGAACUUGAAGCACGUCGGGGUUAUCCUACAGAAAGGGACACUCAUCCUGCUCCUUUGCUGCUUCCCCUGCUGGGCAAUCUUCAUCAACACUGAGCAAAUUCUGCUGCUCUUCAGGCAGGACCCGGAUGUAUCCAGGCUCACCCAGACCUAUGUCAUGAUCUUCAUCCCAGCGCUUCCCGCAGCCUUUCUUUACACGAUACAAGUUAAAUACUUGCUCAACCAGGGCAUCGUUCUGCCUCAGGUUCUGACCGGCAUCGCAGCGAACCUUGUCAACGCUCUGGCCAACUAUCUGUUUCUCUAUCAGCUGCAUCUCGGGGUGAUGGGUUCAGCGCUGGCCAACACCAUCUCCCAGUUUGCCCUCGCCAUCUUCCUGUUCUUCUACAUCCUCUGGAGAAGGCUCCAUCAAGCCACCUGGGGAGGGUGGUCCUUGGAGUGUCUACAGGACUGGGCCUCCUUCCUGAGGCUGGCCAUCCCCAGCAUGCUUAUGCUGUGCAUCGAGUGGUGGGCCUACGAGAUUGGCAGCUUCCUGAGCGGUAUUCUCGGCAUGGUGGAGCUGGGAGCGCAGUCCAUCACCUAUGAAUUGGCUAUCAUCGUGUAUAUGGUCCCUUUGGGCAUCAGCGUGGCUGCCAAUGUCCGGGUGGGAAAUGCGUUGGGUGCAGGAAACAUUGAACAGGCCAAGAGGUCCUCAGCAAUUUCCUUGAUAGUCACAGAGCUCUUUGCUGUGACCUUCUGUGUCCUGCUGCUAGGCUGUAAGGAUCUCGUGGGCUACAUUUUUACAACUGACCGGGACAUCGUGGCCCUGGUGGCUCAAGUGGUUCCCAUUUAUGCUGUGUCCCACCUCUUUGAAGGUCUUGCCUGUACCUGUGGUGGCGUUCUGAGGGGCACCGGGAACCAGAAGGUUGGAGCCAUCGUCAACGCUGUCGGGUAUUACGUGAUUGGCCUCCCCAUCGGGAUUGCACUGAUGUUUGCUACCAAGCUGGGAGUGAUCGGUCUGUGGUCAGGGAUCAUCAUCUGCACUGCCUGCCAGGCCGUGUGCUUUCUGGCUUUUAUUGCUCGGCUCAAUUGGAAAUUCGCCAGUCAACAGGCGCAAGUACAUGCCAACGUGAAGGUAAAUGUGGCCCUGAAUGGGAAUUCUGCCAUCUCUCAGGAGUCGGCUCACCCAGUGGGUCCUGAGAGCCAUGGAGAAAUUAUGAUGACGGAUCUUGAAAAGAAAGACGAGACUCAGUUGGACCGGCAGACGAACCAGAACCAGCAGCAAGCUUCGCCUGUCUGCCCGAAGGACAGCCACAGACUCUCUGGGAAACAGCUAGUACUACGGCGAGGGCUCCUGCUCCUAGGCGUAGUCUUAGUCCUGGUGGGGGGGAUUUUAGUGAGAGUCUAUAUCAGAGUUGAGUGAUGUCAGUUUGUGAGGUUGACACCUGACAAAUCCACCACACAUCAAAAACAUUACGUCAGGACCAGGGUUAUCACUGCGGCCUUCCUACAAGUGAGCUCUCUCUCUCUCUCUCUCUCUCUCACACACACACACACACACACACACACACACACACACACACACAGACACUGACAGACAGAUGCGAGAAAGAGAGAGAGAGAAUGUACACUGUGAAUGGACAGUGCAUACAAUAGACAUAACCUACCAAAUACCACUGUUUGAAACUCUGUACCAACUAGAAUGUUGAUUUUUCACCCCUGGGACUGCAGGGCCACCAGGAGGCUGUAACUUGCUGCCACUGUCCCGUGUCUCCAAAGGAUGGUGUCAUACGUUGUGAGCCCAGGAAAAGCUCCCAGUUCAAAAAUAGUCUCUACUGAACGCCUGUUUGCAACCAAUGUAAAAUUGAGCCCUUGGAAAGUGAAUUACUGUAAGUCUGGGACCACGUGCAACUUUGAGAAUAGAGGUGAUUCCUAGAGCUGGCUGUGGCCAUUUUAGCUAACAGAGUUCAACCAUGGUUGUAGGUUUUACGAUCUGAGAAUUCAAAAAUAUAUUUUUUUCCAAUAAAGAAUAAGGUAGACAACGCAUUGUGGUUUAAGACACUGUGGGGCGGAUGAUGGCGGAGCGAGCGUUCAUCAUCCACCACUGUGGCACAUGGACUGUGUACUGACACAUUCAGGUGUGGACUUCCUGUUUCUUCUGGCUACUGUUUUCUAAGACACAAACCUAUAGCUGAUCUGCUUCCAUAUUCUUCCUGUGUGAUUCUAUUAAAUACAUUU